GCGAGGCGGAGGCGGAAGUGACGCAUGCGGCAGCUCCAAAAGUGGGGCCGCCGGCUGACAGAAGCCCAGCGAUGGCGAAGGUCACCUUCAAGAUCACGCUGACUUCGGACCCGCGCCUGCCUUACAAAGUAUUAAGUGUGCCUGAAAACACGCCUUUCACUGCUGUCUUGAAGUUCGCUGCCGAAGAAUUCAAAGUCCCUGCAGCUACAAGUGCCAUUAUAACAAACGAUGGAAUAGGAAUAAACCCUGAUCAGACAGCUGGGAAUGUUUUCCUGAAACAUGGUUCAGAAUUGCGGCUUAUUCCCAGAGAUCGUGUGGGAAGAUAUUGGCAUAUGGAGGGGCCACUUACACUUAGAUAACAGAACUGGCAGACAAAUAGACCAACUGGCAUGUCAUCCAAGAAGUUUGCAUAUCUUGCUUUUCUCUAUAAAAUCAUUAUUACCACAGUGAACUCAUGAUAAGUAGUCAGAAUGUCAUUUUGAACAAUAUCUAGAGGAGCAUCUCAUCACCACUACCAUGCCUACCUUCUUUUUUUGAAGUGUCUCUAAGCUUGUUUGCUUUCUGAGUUUCCCAGUUCACUCAGCGCAGACUUUGCAACUAAGGGCAAAUGGAUGUUGUUUUCUGUUCCUUUGAAAUGAAUAGGAAAGCAUUUCCUUGCGUUUACCAGCAAUGGGACAGCUACUUUUGUAGCCAAAGCAAAGCAGUUCGUUAAUACAUUGACAAAAUAUUAAUUUGGUUUAGACAAUGUAAUCAUGUAUUUGAAUAUUAUGAAAAGUAUUACGUCACAUACCUCCAAUGUUUGCUAAACGCUUGUGUAACCAUUAGGAAUCCUUUAUUACAUUCCAAAAAAAAAAAAAGCCAUUUAAAUAGCAGGUUACCAUUGUGGGUCCUUAUGUUUAAAUUGCAUUUAAUGUCGGUUCCUUGAAAUCGUAAGGUUUGUUACCUAAUGUAUAUCCAGGAGAGAUGUUUAUAUGUGCAAAUGCAUUUUACCAUAGAUAAUAAAUUAUACAUUUCCGAGCCCUACUGGCACGAAACGUAAAGCCUGCUCACUAUUUCAUGAGAGUCUUCAAAAUGCCAGAGAGGUUCUGGUGUGCCAGGCUGGUUCCCACUAAUAUUUAGGCAUGGGUGGGUUGAGAUUUAAACCUUUUAUUUAUUUUCCCAAUUUUUGAGUAACAUCUGCUAUACAACUGCCUUCUAGCUAAUGGGGUCUGUUGUUAAUUGAAAGGAUUGAGCAUGCUUAGCAUCUUUACUCCUCACUUGAUAAAUGUUUUAUUUUUGGAAGCAAAAUAAAGUGUCCAUCAGCAAUUAAA